AUGGUGUCAAACGAAGUGUCUGCAGCCGAGUGCGUGAUUGAAGUCCUUCGCGGAGUUUCGUGGGCGGUGGUAGGCGGGUACGGGGUCGCCUUGUGCUACCGAUUUGGGGUAUUUAGAAAGGUUUUUCCCAAAUCGACGGUAAAUGCCAUUGAAAGUGUGGUUGAGAAGGUAAAGAAGAGGACAGAGCCUCUCGGAGAUGCGCGCCGUUACACCAUUGCGCGUCUCCAUCUUAUACAUGUGUAUUUUUUAUCGUCAUUGGGAAUAAUGGUAGCAGCCGCUGGUGGGGCCACUUUUUUUGCGUUUCCAAAAGUUCCUAUUAUUAUUCCGAUAGCUUUGACUUUGGUGCCAUCUACGCUGCUUCUUCUUCUACCAAAGGGGAUGAUGCUGUAUGCGGGGCGUGUUGCCUGCCUGCUUACAUCCUGCUUUGCCUUUGGUUAUUCAUUUGGGCCGGUUGGGUGGAUCGCAUGGGACUCACUUGGUGUAUUUCUCACGGUGAUGGUGAGUACAAUGGCUGGUCUUUGUGUGCCUUUGUUUCUGACGCGUGGGAUGAUUAGUUAUGUUUUGAGUUCCCAAUUACUUUCAUGCACGCUCUCUUUGGCCGCCGUGACAACACUGCCUUUGGUGUUGAGGAGUGAGGGUGUUCGUCCUGUCGUGUCUUUCCCAUUUGCAUCGAAAAACGUUACCACUCCCAGCAGUAAUAUAGAGUUACUUCUUCGCGCCGAUGUGAAUGUCCUACUCACACUUCAACUCCUCUCCAAUUGGGGGAUUAAUCUUCUGCAUACACUGCCGACCAUUGUUCGCUUUGUGCAAUGGAAAGGGGAUGAAGGGGAACUCUUGGAUUGUGUUGACCCCUUGAAGGAAAGUAUUUGUAUCUGCGCCGGGGCAGCUUAUGUCAUGUGGAGGAGUUUUCGCUGGGCGUGCCGUCGACUUCUUCUUGCUGUCGCCAAAGAUGACACCAAAGGGACCUCAAAGGAAGUUCAGGAUCAGUGGGGGCACUUUGCAAAACUCUCGUUUCGCACGCAACAUGUAAGUGGCGUGAGUGCAUCUGUGCUUCUUGUCCUGUGGUACGUUCGGGCUGUCUCUGAAUUACAGCGCGGGGAAACGGUGGCAACACUCGAGGCACUUCGACGUGUUUGUGCGCACAUGUCUCCGGUUGGGUUGCUUGUAAGGCGUAUGUAA